CCAAUGGGAUCAGAGCAAAUGGAGAUGCGCAAGAGACAGACAUCUGUAUCCCAGGAGACCCCAAGUUCCAUCCAGGCACCACCUGGGAUAGGGAAUCGAGGUUCCAAUGCCUGCUGCUUCUGUUGGUGCUGUUGUUGCAGCUGCUCCUGUCUGACAGUUAGGAAUCAAGAUGAAAGAGCAGCAUUACAUGACAUUGGAUCAGAACCCAUUUCAAAUGGUGAUGAAAGCUCAACUCCUACUGUAGAAGAAGUAAAGGCAUGGGGCAAAUCCUUUGAGAAAUUGAUGAGAUCGACAUCAGGCAGAAAUAUUUUCAGGGAGUUCCUUCGGACAGAAUUCAGUGAAGAAAACAUGCUUUUCUGGUUGGCCUGUGAGGACCUAAAGAAGGAAUCCAGUGACAGACUCAUUCAAGAGAAAGCAAAGCGAAUAUAUGAAGAUUAUGUUUCCAUCCUUUCUCCAAGAGAGGUCAGCUUGGACUCCAGAGCAAGAGAUCUGGUCAACCGGAAUAUGCUGGAACCAUCACAAUAUAGUUUUGAUGAUGCACAACUCCAGAUUUAUACUUUGAUGUACAGAGACUCCUACCCUCGAUUUUUGAGCUCUACUUUUUAUAAGAACUUAAUUGAUUCUGUCUCUCAAAAAUCUGCUGAAGCAUAG